UGUGCUUCCGUCGAUUUGGAUUUCCUUCGCGUGGUGCAUUUCGAAUCAGCAAAAACCCGUCACCCAUUUCCCGAGUGUCCUGAGCCAAUAAACGGUUGGUUAAGUAUAUUUGCCUUCGUUUACCAAACAACCUGCAAGCGUGCUUAGUGUUUUCAUUCCGUUCGCGUGUGCUCUCGAAACGUGCCAGAAAGUUCGUGUGAUCGUUCAGAAUUUUCAGCAGGAAGAGCCUGUCUGUUCUAAGCGAGAAAACAGAACACCUAACAGAAAGCCCACUAAUCGUUGGUUCACUCCCCGGUUGAUUCAGCUGUCGAGUAACUGCUGGGCCGGAACGUGCGCGCCUUCCCCGAAAGUUAAGUGACUGUGAAGAAGAUCCAGCUGCCAGCGAGGAAAGGCUGGAAACAGAAUACGAACGCUAGGCGGUAAAUUAUAGCCGUUCACGGUUGAUUAGCGCUGAAAAUCGCCUCCAUUGAAGCAACGGGAGAAAGCAGUUAAACGCAAAAUGACUGAAAGCGCAGGUGUCAAACAGAUCGUCGGCGUGUCCGAUAUCACCGAGAAUCGCAACAUAUGGCGCAUGCUGGUGGCCGAGUUUCUCGGCACCUUCUUUCUGGUCGCCAUCGGCAUCGGUAGCACGACUGGUUGGACGGACUAUAGCCCCACGUUGACGCAGAUUGCGUUCACCUUCGGUCUGGUGGUCGCCACCCUUGCUCAGGCGUUCGGGCACGUGAGCGGAUGCCACAUUAAUCCUGCCGUCACGCUCGGGCUAAUGGUAACGGGCGACGUCAGCAUACUGAAGGGAGCCUUCUACAUCGUGUCGCAGUGCAUCGGUGCAAUCGCAGGAGCAGCUGCCAUUAAGGCUGCCACCCCAUCAGAGGUCGUCGGAGGGUUGGGCGUGACUGGCCUUGCCCCGGGAUUGUCCACAGGACAGGGUGUCCUGAUCGAGGCGCUCAUCACCUUCAUGCUCGUGUUCGUCGUCCAUGGCGUGUGUGACGGUCGACGUACGGAUGUCAAGGGCUCGGCUCCACUUGCUAUCGGGCUCUCGAUUACGGCUGGCCAUCUCGCUGCGAUUAAGUACACUGGCGCCAGCAUGAACCCGGCUCGCUCGUUCGGACCCGCUGUUGUAAUGGGCAAUUACACCGAUCUGUGGGUGUACUGGGUUGGUCCGAUUGUCGGUGGCAUCAUCGCCGGUGCCGUCUAUCGUCUGUUCUUCAAAGUAAGAAAAGGUGACGAGGAAUCAAAUUCAUACGAUUUUUAAACAAACCCCCUUGUUCAGCUUAAACGUAGUACUAAAUUUCACCGACCAGCCAAAUCCGAAGCAGGGCGCCAUCGGGCGCGAAGAAAAUCGGCACCAUCGGGAUGCGAAAGGAAGCGUCCGAGCAGCCUUGCUGCUAGUUUGCGCGUCCUUACAGAAAUCAUUCGGUUUUAUGUUCUUUGUGUCCUUGUGUGCGUGCGUUCGUGUGUGUGUGUGCGAGAGUGUGUAAAAUGUGGUGGGAAAAUUGCAACACAUUUGUCUCAAGAAGAUGUGGAGAGUCCUGUGCAGGCUCAUGUCCUGUUUUUUCUUCGUGUUUAAUGUUCUAAAAACCAUUCAAAUAACCUUUUGUAUCCUUGAUUAAUCAUUCCCUCUCUGGUGGACCAUUUCUAAAUUAUGUGAUUUUAUGUGUACGUGUAUGGAUGUCCGUGUGUGUGUGCGUAGUGAUCACGAUGUCCUGAUCGAUGAAUCUUAUUUGUGUUUAUCUUUAUCUCUCUCUCUCUCUCUUCCUGCUCAUCGCUGCCUUCUUCCCGAUUAACUUCCGCCCACGGGUAGAUGAACACUAACAAAGUAGGCCAAGUGACUAACGACGUCCAGUACAUUUAGCCCGGAGCGUAAUCCACUAGCCCAUCUUCAUAGCUUCUACUACGAUUAACCACGCCAUACAUACACCCCCACACACAUCGACGCCGGUCGUGUGCGGAUUCCAACCGAUCGCAUUCGAUCGAUCUCGCGAUCGUACGCAAAACAAAAGCUUCGAUUCCAGCCGGAACACAACUAACCGGAAACGUGGGAAAACGUUUGGUGGGACGCUCGAAAAUACAGAAACACUCAUCACACCUCAUCCGCUAACCCAAACCCGCUAAUGGAAAACGUGUGGAACGCAUGUCGGGUGGAAAAUGGAGGCGCAAAACGCCCUCCCGGAUGGAGUUCGCUCGUGUGGCGCUUCGUACUGACCGGGGGCGCAAGUAAUAUUUAUCGGAUCACCAUUUCUAUUACACUGAUAUUAGCACUAACAGGUCACAAGGGCAACAUACUUACACACAGGCUUACUAACUGCAUUUUUUUAUCCACUACGUUUGCGUGUUGUGCAUGUAAUGAUUAACAGUAAAAAAAGGGGUUUGUGUGUUUUUUAUGCAACAAAACAUCAGAUAGGCAGGUUACUAUUCCGACGUAAAAUAAUAUGACAGGCUUGUAGGAGGCUACUUCGGAAGUACGUGUCUUUUUUUUUGACUAGCUUUCUUGUACUAGUGGAGAAGCACACCCACACCGACACUUUUGACCACCUAGAGCAUACUUAUUUGGCCGCAGCAAGGACACAGGCCGUAGGCGCAGCGCAAAGAUAGGGGUUUCGGCAGGACGCGAUUACGAAUCCGCCAGGUUUUUGGUCGGAGUUUUCUACGUGUUUGUUGUUGUUUCUAUCUUGUAUUUUGUUUAUUUUUUUAUUUUAUUUCGUCUUAUUUGUACUGCUGUUUGGAACCGGUAGGUGAUAACACGCACAUGCACUACCCCCUCACUCGUUCUCGUGUAAGAUUCUUAUCGCAUUAUAUUGUAUUAUUUAAACGAGCCUCAGCUGGCACGUGAGCUAGCGAGUUAGAGGCUUUUGCUGCGAGUGCCCCUAGACAGCCCGUGGGCGAUAACGUGGUGGCCUUAAGACGUUAGAAACGAGUUCGUCGACGAACUUAGGGUGGCCUCGCGCAGAAGCCCGUCGUGUAUAUUCAGCAAUAGUUCACAAGGAAGCCGCUCGAAAAAGGCAGUCUUCUGGAUAUCUUUUGAAACAAAACAAAAAAAUGCAUCAAACCAAGCCGAUCAAAACGAGCUAAGAAAAGCAAAGGAUAGCACUCACAGAAACAGAAGCAAACAGAUAAUUCGCAACAUCUUCGUGGACAUCAUUUAUCGAAUAGGGAUCCGAUUUAAUUCGUAAGUUCUAUUUAUGUAUCAUAUACAUCGGAAUUUACCAAAACCGUGUUGUUGUAGCCGAGAAGGAAGAUCUUUGAAUAAACGAACGAUAAUGUU